CCCACAGACAUUCCCAAUACACUUCAAACGAAGGAAUCUUUAUGGGAUUUCUAUAAAAAAAAAAUUAAGAAAAUAACAAAGUCUAAAAACGUUUAUUAACAAAAACCCAUUACAAAUGUAGUAGUAAGUAACAGACCCCCAGAUGAUCAUGUCGAAGUCAAAAGAGAAAGCAGGAACCAGGCGAAUUAAAUAGGGAAUCGGUGAUUAGAGAAGGGUGGAAUGGGAAUGAAAAAUUGCAUGAAGGAAACUGGAAUAAAGAUGACGCUUGGCAAUUGGUAUGUCGUCUGUCCACCUGUUUCUUCACUAACACAAAACAACAAAACCCCCCGUCCCCCUCUUUCCCGAACCCAUCCAUUUUCCCAGUGAUUCUGAUGCGAACCCUUAAGACAUCGUGAAAUUCCUUUCGACAAACUCGGGAGAUGGCCACAAAUCGGUUUGCAUGUUGUUUCUCAACACCACCCAAGCUUUUGUUCUUUCUAGCUCCGGUGAUUCUGGCAUCAUUAGUUGUUUUUGUUCUGGUCCCGAGAAACUCCACCUGGGAUCUCAUCUCCACCCUCCCUUCUUCCACCUCUAAUAGCAGCGAGAAGCCCGGUGCAGUUCCGCCCGCUGAAGAACCAGUGGGAUUGCUUUCCACGGCGGUGGAUGCUGGAAGCAGCCCGGUAAAAGCGGCAGCACCGUCGGAAGAGGCCUCGCCGCCACAUGCUUUUGAAGCGGUGACGAAAACUCGAGAAAAUGAAACAAAGGAAGACGGGUUGAAUGGUACGAUGUUAUGGGUAAAUGAAACGACAGCUCUCCCCUUGAAACAAAGCAGAAGAGUUAGAAGCAGAUUAGAUAGACUUGAAGCUGGUUUACAAAGGGCUCGAUCGGCCAUAAAAGAAGCGAAGAAUGGGAGCCAAUUACAAGAUACUGACUAUGUCCCAACAGGUCCCAUGUAUAGGGACGCCAAGGCCUUUCACAGGAGCUACCUGGAAAUGGAGAAACAAUUCAAGGUCUUUGUUUACAAAGAAGGGGAGCCUCCAGUGUUUCAUGAUGGUCCUUGCAGGAGCAUCUAUUCCAUGGAAGGAAAUUUCAUUUACCAGAUGGAUGUUGAUUCCAAAUUCCAAACCAAUGAUCCCCUCAAAGCUCAUGUUUUUUACCUCCCUUUCAGCGUAGCAAAGAUGGUCCGAUUCGUUUACUCGCGCGAAACCCGUGAUUUUAGUUCCAUACGAAGGACCGUCGUCGACUACGUCAAUCUCGUUGCGAAGAGAUACCCAUACUGGAACCGGAGCCACGGUGCCGAUCAUUUCAUGGUUGCCUGUCAUGAUUGGGGGCCAGAAGCAAGCUUUUCACUUCCUUACCUAGAAAGGAACUCCAUUCGAGCUCUAUGUAAUGCAAACACAUCCGAAAGAUUCAACCCGGUCAAGGAUGUCUCCAUUCCGGAAAUCAAUCUCCUAACCGAUAAACUAACCGGUUUGAUCGGUGGACCAUCUGCUUCUCGACGAAGUAUCUUGGCAUUCUUUGCAGGAGGGGUUCAUGGUCCGAUAAGACCAAUCCUACUCGAGCAUUGGGAAGGAAAGGAUGAAGACAUUAAGGUACAUAAAUACCUUCCAAGAGGUGUUAAUUACCAUGAAAUGAUGAGAAACAGCAAGUAUUGCAUUUGUCCGAGCGGCUACGAAGUUGCGAGUCCGAGGAUCGUCGAGGCAUUGUACAACGGAUGCGUUCCGGUGCUUAUUUCAAAGAGUUAUGUGCCGCCAUUUAGUGAUGUUUUGAGAUGGAAAUCGUUUUCCGUGGUGGUCUCGGUCAACGAGAUCCCAAGUGUUGCAGUGAGAAGGCAUUUUGAGUUCAAUUCGCCGCCGAAGCAAUUCGAUGUGUUUCACAUGAUACUUCACUCGGUUUGGCUUAGAAGACUGAACGUGAGGAUCAGUGAGGAUGAUUGGAGUCGUGGGUAAUUGAUAGCAGAUUUUAGAAGUACUUAAUCGUUUCUACUGAAUUCAAAUUUGGUUGUAGAUGUCGUACAUGUUUUCUGUGUUCCGUUUGUAGGGAAAUAAAAUACUAUUUGAUAGCCAUAAAUGGAAAUUAAUCAAAGGUUGAUGAA